AUGGCUUCACGGGGAAUUCCAGCCGUUCUCGAAACGACGAGCCUUACAUCUCUGAAUGCAAUCAAUAAUGGCCCAUCUGCAUCCUUUUUCCCGCCGUCGAAAAGGCGUAAGGUAUUUCAUGAUGAGGAAGAUGCCGAACGAUCUUCGUCAACAACAGCAGCAGCACAAACGAUAUUCUCCGUGAAGGGCCACGCAUCGUCUCUGUCAGAUAAUGAAUUCAAAUUGGCUCCGAUUGAGCUACUCCCUCGCUCUGCACUACCGUUCUCAUGGCUCGAUACGUCCACGGUGAUGCAAUCGAACAAUAUCUUCGCGAGCAACGAUGAAGCUCUAGAACAAACGUUUUUCGCUGGUCGUGCCGAGGGAGACCCUUUAAAUAAUAACGAACCAAAAGUGUUGGUGACGCGAUUACUUGCCAAUGGCGCUAUAUACGUGGUAGAACGGGUGAAAAGAGGUAUAUUUGCGAUGACGAAACUUCAAUCGAGUAUUGAAGAAGGGGAGAUUCGAGUUGCGGCCAAAGCCGGCGCCGCCGUCUCCGGAGGAUCACGAUCACGCAUGCUUAGAGUGCGGAACCCAAGUGAUGAUCCAUCUGCGAAAUGGGACUGGAGGGAAGCAGCCUGGUUGGCUGAUGAUCUUCCGGGGUUUGAGCCGUUUACGAUGAAGCAAAGUAAAUUUGAAGUCUCGGUGGUCUUUAAGGAUUAUAAUCGGAUAAAGCCGAAUGUUUCCAACAAUUAUGAUGCCGGGAUUGACAGCCAGAUAUCCAUUGGGAAUUCCUUCAUGGCACUUGAUAGCUUUGCGGAUCCUGGUACACAGCAGCAUGUUCAUACUCCGCCGGAAGAUGGUACUCAACCAUCUAGGCUUCAGCCUGAGCAAGACUUGUCGUCGCCUACGCCAGAUGUUAUCAUGGAAAAUUUAAGAACACAGUAUCUGGAAGCGCUCUACAUAUCAAAGACGUCGGUGGCAUAUUUUGCCAAAGGACCCUUGACGCGGUGCCGUAAUGCCUUCUCCCAAGCCAAUAUAGAUGGCGGCGAUGCCCCGUCCCUCUCUAGUCAAUACAGAGAAUCUAUUUUGUCGGUCAAGAAGAUGGAUGCCAAAUAUCGAGAGACCCUUCCUACGAUUCUUCGUAACAUGACAUUAUUGCUUUCAGAUGAGGACCGCCCGAAGAAACGUAAAAGCAGAAAGAAGAAGAAACUAGGCAAGAACGGACUUUACUCGGGCGAAGAUGAAUUCCUGCAGAAGUACUGGAAAUCUCGACAAAUGGCUAAGAAUAGGGAAGGCGAACAAGAAUCCAAGGAAGAAGAGGUCAGGCGACAUAUAUCAGAACUACGGUUGCGAGAGACUCAACUUCAGAUCCUUUUGAUUCUUGAAACAAUACAUUCGGAGAGCCCGAAUAUUGCAUCGCCCGCGAAAGACAGCAAAGGGCUAGAAGCAAAUGGAUCAAGCACCAAACGGUCGAGAACCAAGAAGAAAGAAGAGGAUUUAAAUUUGCUCCUUGAGCUUCUGAUAGAUCGACUUUGUAUUUGGCAUGCUGUGAGCGCGGGAGAGGGUAUUGUUCCAGAGUCGAUCAAGGAGACUACGGACAGCCAUCUUUCGGGGAAGAAAAUCGAGAGCGACGCUCUUCGAGACUUCUGCACAGAGGUCAUCAUUCCCUUCUAUGGCUCGCGACUUCCAGAUCAGUGCAAAACCAUCAAGAAAAAGCUGGGAGGUGCAAGCGAGCCCUCGCCCAGUCGUCCAGCAGCGCCACCGAAGCUAAAAACUUCUUCCUCGUCAUCAUCAUCUUCAAAGGCCCCGUCUGGUGUUUUUGAUGGCAAAAAAUCACAGCUACAAAAUCGUCCUCGCCGGACUCUACAACGAGUCCUUACUGACGAACGAACAGCGGAUUCUCAAAGGGCACGGCACCCAUCACUCAUGAGAUCGAGUACCACCCCUGCACUACAGGAAGUCAAGCGAGAAUCAGUUGAGCCUUCAUUGCCGUCGUUAGGAGGCAGUGUUCGAGGUGGAAUCCAAGUAGCCAGACGGGCGGACAACCGCGAGGUCGAUCUCAACGCAGUGGCAAAGCAACACGAAGCGAAAAUCAAGAAGAUGACUACGCUCAUGGAGCAAAAGAAAGAACUCGACGCGGCAAUCAGUGCACUGCGAAAACCCAACCGCGAACUUGUUUCCAAGGAAAUUGCGGAUCAGGCUGAGAAGAGGACUUCGAGCUCACGCAAGCCCAAGAACCCCGUACGUAACCCGCUUGGACAAGGUGUGCAAGUCAUGGCGACGCCGCGAGGUUCAAGAAGGAAAGAUAUGAGUGGGGAUCAUUCUUUUCAGUCGUCUCGGCAUUUUACAGCACGGCCUUUGGCCGGGAGGACAGAGAGUACGACUAAUGUGGAAGGAGGAGCGUCUCCGGAAAUGGAGAGUGAGAUUGCUCUGGUCCCAGGCUCAGCCAUUCGACCCAACGUGCUAUCUAGCACCGUGUCAUCCAAGCGCAAAUUCGACAGCAUUGCCGAAACUCCGUCUCGCGGGGGCCAUAAGCGGUCUGGUCAGAACAUCUCGACUACGACGUCCAUUCCAUGUAGUAGGGCACUGUUCAAGGUGCCGACACUUCCAUCGAUCCCUCGAUCGAAUGAAGAGCAUGAACCAGAGAGUGCUGGUGCCACCAGUGCAGCUAGAGAAGAGGUUAAUAUCAUGAUGGUGGGAGAGAUGACAACAGUCACCCAAACUCCACCGGCCAAGGGCAAAACACCACCAUCAUUGUUUUUCUCUCGACAACCAUCGGCAACGAAUACCGUGGCAUCCUCGUCGCCUGCUCCGGCCUUCGAGACACCUGUCAAAACGGGUGUUCAAAGUACGCCAGUCAAAUCUAUAUACGAGCAACUCGGCUGGGACGAUGACGACGAGCUAGCUUUGUGA